AGCUUGCUGCUAUCUUCAGUGUUCCAGAGCUUGCUGAUAUCCUCGGUGUUCCAGAGCUUGUGGAUAUCCUCAGUGUUCCAGAGCUUGCUGAUAUCCUCAGUAUUCCAGAGCUUGCUGAUAUCCUCAGUAUUCCAGAGCUUGCUGAUAUCCUCAGUGUUCCAUAGCUUACUGCUAUCCUCAGUGUUUCAGAGCUUGCUGAUAUCCUCAGUGUUCCAUAGCUUGUUGCUAUCCUCAGUGUUCCAUAGCUUGCUGCUAUCCUCAGUGUUCCAGAGCUUCCUGCUAUCCUCAGUGUUCCAGAUCUUGCUGAUAUCCCUGGUGUUCCAGAGCUUGCUGAUAUCCUCAGUGUUCUGGAGCAAACUGCUAUAUUCAGUGUUCCAGAGCUUGCCGAUACCCUCAUUGUUCUAGAGCUUGCUGAUAUCCUCAGUGUUCUCCAGCAAACUGCUAUAUUAAGUGUUCCAGAGCUUGCUGAUACCCUCAUUGUUCUAAAUCUUGCUGAUAUCCUCAGUGUUCCAGAGCUUGCUGAUAUCCUCAGUGUUCUAGAGCAAGCUGCCUUAAUGGUUGCCAGCAUGGUGGACAACGUGUAUCUAUGGUGGAGUAUGCCUACUGAUGUAGCUUUAUUACAAGAAAAACGUUCCCAUUGGUCCAUGCUGACUGGCGAAUUGAUCAAGAAGGAUUAG